AUGGGAGCCACCCCCUUCCACCCCUCGAUCCUCAAGGUCCGGCUUCCGAAGAAUUUUGACAAGCCAAUGGACAUGAGGUACGACGGGACCAAGGAUCCCCAGGAGCACCUCACGGCUUUUGAAGCAAGAAUGAAUCUGGAAGGAGUAGGCGACGCGGUCAGAUGCCGAGCAUUCCCUAUGACGCUGGCCUGCCCAACGAUUCGAUGGUUCAACGCACUCCCACAGGGGUCAAUCGUGGCCUUCCCGGACAUCUCCCAAAGCUUUCUAGCUUGGUUCAUGACACGCAUAGCCAAGGCAAAGCACCCGAUUAACCUAUUAGGGGUUACCCAGAAACCCGAAGAGCCGACCAAGAAGUUCCUGGACAGAUUCAACGAUGAAUGCUUAGAGAUCGACGGCCUUACGGACUCGGUCGCCAGUCUUUUCCUAACAAACGGCCGGCUAAACGAGGACCUUAGGAAGCACCUCACAACUAAGCCUGUAUGGACCAUGCAGGAAAUUCAAAGAGUGGCCAAGGAAUACAUCAAUGAUGAGAAAGUUAGUCAGGUUGUAGCAACUAAUAAACGGCAGCUCGCUAACCCCCCCAGCUCGGCAGGCCCCCCAAGUCGAUAG